ACUCCACCGCCCAUCCAUGGAUUCCGACAGCCUCUCCACCACCUCCGGCGACAACCGAACCCCAUCUCCCUCCCUGCCAUCUCCCCACCCUUCCCCUCCCAAGCGCCGCUCCGGCCGCAAAAAGUUCCGCGUCACUCGCCACCCCAUCUUUCACGGCGUUCGCCAGCGCAACGGCGGCAAGUGGGUCUGCGAGGUCCGCGAACCUCACAAGAAAACCCGCAUAUGGCUCGGCACUUACUCCACCCCCGAGAUGGCCGCGCGUGCUCACGACGUCGCCGCGUUGGCCCUUCGCGGCAAGUCCGCCGUCCUGAACUUCCCUGAUUCCGCGUGGACUUUGCCCGCAACGCGCUCCACGCGGCCGGAGGAUAUUCGGCGGGCCGCCGUGAAGGCCGCGGAGAUGGCCAGCAAAGAGAUAAGUUCGGAGGCAGGGCUCUCCAUCGGUUUCUUGGACGAGGAGGCUCUGUUCAAUAUGCCGGGAAUGUUGGUGGAAAUGGCGGCGGGGUUGAUAAUAACGCCGCCGGGAAUGGAGGAGAGAUUUGAUUGGGAUGAGGUGGAGGGGGUGGCGGAGGAGAUCACUUUGUGGGAAGAUGGUUUUUGGAAGUAGCGAGGGAGGGAAUUAAGCACUCGGUAAAUGUG